AGCUUGCAGGCAAGCUUCAUGAAAUUUCUGUAAGGGAAAAAUGACUUUGAGUGAUUACAGCAAGUGUGCCAGUGGCACAACAUGUGUUGUUGAUGGGGCCUUAUCAGCACUUGAGAAGGCAUUGUGUAAAGCGCUCUGGAGAGUUGAGAUUGUUGGAAAGCGUUUGCGUACCGUUGUAGUGCUGCAUGUUCACUGCCAAGAUUAAGACAGCCCUUGACACACUGAUGAACCGAAGACAUGAAGCAGGAAUAGAUGACAGCAAUGCGUACCUGUUCAGUAAUCAGCGAGGACUGGGACACAUAAGGGGAACUGACACACUUCGAGAACAUGCUUCAAAGUGCAAAGCUAAGAAUCCUGAGUUCCUUCGUGCAACGAGACUUCGCAAACACAUUGCUACAGUAUCACAAGUAAUGAAUCUUCAGGAAAACGAGCUCGACCUGCUGGCGAGCUUCUUAGGUCAUGAUGUCAGAACCCAUCGUGAGUUCUACCGCAUGCCAGAGUCAACACUUCAAGUUGCCAAACUGUCAAAGGUCCUUCUCAAGAUGGACAAAGGUGAUGUGCAGGGACUAGCUGGAAAAAGACUGAAGGAUGUUGAACUGGACCCUAGUGAAGAAUACGAUACAGAUGCGAUGUCGGAAUCGUCAGGUGAUGAGAGAGAUGAUGAGCCUGAGGAACCCAUGAGUCUGAAUGAGGAAGCAAAAGAUGCAGAUGGGACAAAGCUUGUUGUACAGCAGCAAACAAAGAGGCCAUGGACUUGUGCUGAAAAAAAGCAGUUGUGAAACAUCUGGGCAUGUUCCUGAGGAUGCGGAAGGUACCCGGGAAGGGACCCAUCACUGCAAUGAUGAAUGCCGAACCCCAGCUGUUCAAGAAUCGUACUUGGAGAAACGUAAAAGACUUUGUGAGGAACCAGGUCCGAAAACAAGAUCCAAUGAGCUUUCUGUAGAUCCGGUAAAAUAAGAAAAAUACAAAGACUUAAAGACAGAAGGCCCUUUGUUCUAAAAUUGCACAGAUUUGUCAACAAGAGAUUACACAUUUUCUUUGCAUGUAAUUUUUUUUAAGCAAACAAAAGUUGUAAAAGAUUUAUUUAUUUGUUUAUUUUAACAAAAGUAGUGAUCAUAUAGAAGUUGAAAGGAAGUUAACAUCAA